AUGCUAGCCCAACCUGUCUAUUCAAUGUCCCAGAUAGCACCCAGCUGUUUGGGGGCCCAGUGUGUGGAAAUGAAUUUGUGGAGAGUGGGGAGGAAUGUGACUGCGGAGAAUGCACUAACCCAUGCUGUAAUGCCACAACAUGCAAACUAAAAGAGGGAGCAGAGUGUGCACAAGGAGAGUGUUGUCGGCAGUGCAAGAUUCGUCCAGUUGGUGAAAUGUGCCGCAAGAGAAAGGGAGAAUGUGAUCUUCCAGAAUAUUGCACUGGAAAUUCUGCUCAAUGUCCG